AUGGCGAUAUGGCCAUUUGGGCGGAAAAACAAGCGGCAUACCAUCCACCUGGAUGCAGCCGCGACGGAGGGAGCCCAUCUCUCGCAUGACCCCCGUCACAGCCUGGAUGACUCCAAAAUAGCGCAGAAACCGACGCGCGCACCGUCGAAACGUCAAAAGAACCGGCAUUCUCAGCCCGUCGACGAUUAUUCGCACCCCUACCGCAACCCCACCCUCACCUCCUCCCAGCAAACCCAGUUCGCUCUGCGCUCCUCCAAAACCGACCAAGUCCGCUCCACAAAAGGACUUCGAGACCAGGACUCCAGGCUUGGUCAUCACGCCGAUGGCUAUACAUCAUACUCCACCGUCUGCCGGGAACCAACUUCCGUAUCCAGGAACCCGUCCCUCGUGAAGGGAAAGCAGAACGGGAAUGGCCCAGCUGUGUUGAAGAAGCGACUGAGCAAGCGCAAGGCGUACGAGAUCGCCCGGGAACGUGAAAUCCGGAUGAUGGCUUCUACGCCGAUUGAUAUCCCUCGUCGUUCUUUACCAGGUGAUCCGCGUCACCGACGUUCGGACCGCCAUCUCUCCGAUCUGAGCCUUUCGAUCCGCGACUCCGCUGCGUCCUCGAUCUCCGAGUUCUCUGAAACCUACACGUUCAAAGUUAACGGGUUUGCUGCGUGGACUCCUCGCCCUGUCAUUCACUACGUAGAAGCCCCUCGCGCUCCCUCGGCGCGGAGUCAGAAAACCCCUGAUGGCUCUACACGAAGAGACAAGCCUCUGGCCAUCACUGCGUCUGAAGACAAAGAAAACAUUGAGCCGAAGAAGAGGGUGGAUAGAUUGGCUGAUGACUUGGAUGCGGGCGGUUUACGCGAGCUUUUGGAGAGGGAUCGCCGACGCAGAGAGAGAAAACUGAUCGAAGAUCAGGAGAAACUUCAGCGCAAACUGCAACAAGCUGCAGAGCAGCGGAAGUCUGACGCCGAGCUGGCUCAGGGUCGCCCGAACGAAGUCUCCAACCAGGCUGUUCCCCAGGAUGUAUCGUCCUGUCAGGACGCGGAAAGUCAUGUGGACUCCCGUGCAGAUGAUGAUGCUUCCAAGGCGGUCACCAAUCCAGUUGUCACCGAGGCCCCCAGCAGUUCGUGGCUGCGUGAUGGCUCCACGAGAGGGACGGAGCGAAGCGCUCUCGAGUCCAUGGAAAGCGUCAAUGUCAUUGGCAAUCUGGAUGAUAGCUCGAUACGUGAGCGAAAACUCGGCGCGCGCAGCAGUUUCGCUCCUUCGCAAGACAUGGUCAUGUCCCGCAGUACUCUGUCGCCCUCUCGAUCUGCAUCCAGACAGGGACUUCACAGUCCAGCGUCCUCGCAGUUGUACGGCAUGGGUCGGGAAUCUACCUCGGAUGUUUCAAGGACAGUGGACUCAGAAAGACGGAUGUCAGACCAUAGUGCUGGACAUACCAACACGAUAACCUCGAUCUUCCGUCGCGGAAGCUCCCGUCUCAAGAGGCGCUAUCGGGAGCGGUUCCAAGAGCGCAGCCCGGAAAUUCCCAGUACCUCGUUUGAGUCCUUUACCAAAAUCUCUCCGCCACCGUCAGCACCUCCCCAGGCACCCCCUCCCUUCAUCCCUCCUCGGGCGUUCAUUCCCACCGGUACCAUCAACCGCCAACAAUCUAAAUUCACUGAACAUUUUGGCGAUGAACCUCUGUCACCGCCGGACUCCCGCCUUCAGUCUCCUGACAUCCCGGAGGAACCGGCCGAUGGGCUGGAUAUGGACAUAGACAAGUCGGAAUCCCAAAUUGGUACCCGGUAUCCGAUCCCCGGCUCUGAGCGUCAGAAUUCCUGGGCUGGCGAUAGCGUGGAAGGCGAUGCCGACAACGUCCCUCUGUCUCAAUCUUUGGCCUCUAUUGAUUCGGAAGGGUCGUGGAUGUCGGGUCAGUUCUUGCGCCGCAUUUCUCAACGGAAAAGCAACCCGGUCCGACCCAGCAUUGGCUCCCUGAGGAACAGAGUGGAGGGGACCGAUGAGUCGCCCAAUGAUGACGAUGCGUCUGCAGCCAGUGCCAACCAGGCUCCUGCGCAGAACAGCAGUAAAAUCACCAGUGAUCAGGGAGGUGACCUGGAAACUGUUGACGCUCCAGAGAAGACGGAGGAGACCUGGCACGAUCAGAUUGCCAAACGACCGGUGCUUGUGACUCCCUCUGUUCGACCUAAGUCUACGGAAGGUCUGCUGAACAAUGUCCGCUCCUUGUCUCCCAUCUCAGCUGAAGCGGAAUUCGGCGCGAUUGAAGAACAGUCGGCUGAGCUCUGCUUGGCAGACGACGAUGGCCAUGAUCCGCGUCAUGGUUGA